AUGAUUGAUCAGCCAAAUAAUAUCUAUGUUCGUAGCAACGCACAACAAAUUCCACAUUAUCAAACGAUGUCCAAUCUUCUAUCAUCUUCCUAUCUGUCUUCAUCUCCACCAUCGACUACUUUAACAACACUACCACUGUCAUCGUCACCUUCUCCUUCGUCGACAACAACGAACUGUAGCCAUCAUCAUGAUCUUUUCUAUCCGACGUCUAUCUAUCAUCAUUCAGCUGAAGUUAUUGUUAGUCCACACCGUUCAUCUCUGAUGAAUUCAAGCCAAACAUCAUCCUCAUCGUCAUCGUCGUCAUCAUCAUUUCAUUAUCAUCAUCAACAAAAACUUCGAAAUCGUACUAGUGAACAAACAGACUCAGAUUGUGAUCUUGACAGUUCAUCAAAUUCAAUACUGUCAUCAUCAUCAUCAACAACAAAUAUUAAUGUAACAAAUUCAUCAUCGAAAUUAAAAAAACGACGAGCCAAUUUACCGAAAGAUAGUGUUCGAAUAUUAAAAAAUUGGCUCUAUGAACAUCGUUAUAAUGCCUAUCCUACCGAUGAUGAAAAAGCUAAUCUAUCUCGUCGUGCUGAUUUAUCAAUAAAUCAAGUUUGCAAUUGGUUUAUUAAUGCUCGCCGACGAAUUCUACCAGAUUUAUUGAAAAAAGAAGGAACUGACCCGAAAAAAUUUACUAUAUCACGACGAUUUUCGCGUGAUCAAAAACGUUCAUCGCCAUCGUCAGCUAUUUGUUCAACAAGUGGAGAAAAUACUUCAACAGAAACAACAAUGAUUUCAGUAACUGAUAAUUCAUCAUUGAUAUCACCCGUGAAAAUAAAUGUUGUUGUUGAACAAAGUUCAUCGCCUUCAUUAAUACUUACAAAUAAUUCAAAUGUACUCAAUAAACAAUUAUCGCAACAAAUAGAUAAUUCAUCAUCGUCAUCACCGUCAUCCACUGAACCUUGUUGUAGUACAGCAACGAGGCAUCAUGUUAUACUAAAACCUAUUCGUGAUCCGACUGUAAUCAAUUUAAUAUCAACAGAUUCAAAACAACAGCCGCAAACACGUUUACUAUGUUCGACUGAUACAAUGACGACAUCAACUACUAAUACAAAUAGUAUAGGUGGUGGCGGUGGUGAUCUAGCCGGUUUUCAACUUCUUGUUGAUGUAGCUGUUAGAGAGUUACAUCGAAUACAACAAGGAAAUGGUAAUAGCAGUGGUAGUCGAGCACUACUUUGCAACUGA